CCGGGAGGCGGCUGUCGGGGAGAUGAGGCUGCCCUGUGAGGUGGAGGUCCUCAGCCGGCACUUGCCGGUCUUGGGGCUCAAGAGCCGCGGCAAGGGCGUGCGAGCGGUGGUGAGCCUGUGCCAGGCGCCACGCGCCGAGCCGGGCGGCCGCGCCUGCCUGCUGGUCUCCACCAUGAAGGACAAGCGCGGGACCCGCUACGAGCUAAAAGAAAACAUUGAGCAGCUCUUCAACAAAUUUGUGGAUGAGGGGAAAGCCACUGUCCGGUUAAAGGAACCUGCUGUGGACAUCUGUCUGAGUAAGGCCAAUCCUGGCAAUUUAAAGAGUUUACUUUCAGCUGUAAGAAUGGCUCACAGAGGCUGUGAUGUCAAUAUACCACUUUCAACACUUACACCGGCGAAGACUUCAGAAUUUGAGAAUUUAAAAACCAAGAUGGUUAUCACAUCCCAAAAGGAUUAUCCUCUGAGCAAGAGCUUUCCCUGUUCUCUGGAACAUCUUCAGGUUUCUCAUUGUAGGCUGGCCCGAGUUGAUAUGCGAAUGCUCUGCUUAAAAAACCUUAGGAAGUUAGACCUGAGUCACAACUGUAUAAAAAGGCUUCCGGCCACGAUUGGAGACCUCACUCACCUUCAAGAGCUUAACCUUAGUGACAAUCACUUGGAAUCAUUUAGUGUGUCCUUGUGCCAGUCCACACUCCAGAAGUCACUUCAGAGUUUGGAUCUCAGCAAGAACAAACUCAGGGCACUCCCUGUGCAGUUUUGCCAAUUUCGGGAACUUAUGAAUUUAACCCUUAGUGAUAAUGAACUGAUUCAGCUUCCCUUCAAGAUAGGACAACUGAAAAAUCUCCGUUUUCUAGCAGCAGCUCGGAACAAACUUACAAAACUACCUUGUGAAUUUAAAAUGCUAUCCCUAGAGUACUUGGAUCUUUUUGGAAAUAUUUUUGAAAAACCAGAAGUCCUUCCAAUUGUAAAGCUUCAAGUACCAUUAACGUUACUGGAGUUUUCUGCUCGAGCUGUACUAUCCCAUAGGAUUUCGUAUGGCCCUCAUAUCAUUCCUUUCCAUCUUUGCCAAGAUUUGGAUACUGCCAAAACCUGUGUUUGUGGAAGAUUUUGUCUAGACUCUUUCAUUCAAGGAACUGCUACAAUUAAUCUACACUCUGUUGCCCACACUGUGGUCUUAGUAGAUAAUGUGGAUAGAAUGGAAGCUCCCAUUAUCGCUUACUUUUGUUCUCUAACUUGUUAUGUGAAUUCUUCUGAUAUGUUAAAAUAAUUAUUAAUAACAAAAACAAA